CUGCUGCUGGGCUGCAGUGGGAGAGUUUGACAGCGGCGCUCGGAGCUGCACCACACAAACAAGGACGCGGGGAGGGAGGCGGUGCGGCGGCGGCGUGUCCUCGUGCUGAAGCUCCGAAGCGCUGGAGCCGGAGCCCCGCAGGCCGGCCACGGUCCCUUCGACAUGCCCGCCCCGCAGCGGAGCCUGCGAGCCGGAGUCUGAUGCACAUGUUGUUCUCGGGCCCCGUCCACCAUCAUCAUGGUAGACAUAGAGAGCACAUACAGCCCCCCGUCCCCUCUGGAUGAGCCGGUGCUUGACAGCCCACUCUGCAGGGACUUCAUGGGCAGUGUGAGUGAUCUGCAGGACAUCUCGCAGUCCAUUGACGAAGAAGCUCUCAGCAGCCUGGACGUACCUGAGUACCCGUCGUCCGGCAUGUGCUCCAGCUCAGAGAGCUCCACAGUGCUUGAUGCCCUGACCCCAGCCUCAAGUCCAUCCUCAGGUGUGUGUGGGGCCACAGCAGGUCAGGAGGAGUUCACCUCAGCCUCCCUGAAUCUGGAGUGUCGUGUGUGUUCAGAUCGAGCCUCAGGAUAUCAUUAUGGGGUCCACGCCUGUGAGGGCUGCAAGGGCUUCUUCAGGAGGACCAUCCGCCUCAAGCUGGAAUAUGACAAGUGUGAACGCCACUGCAAAAUCCAAAAGAAGAACCGGAACAAGUGCCAAUACUGCCGCUUUCAGAAGUGCCUAUCUGUGGGCAUGUCCCAUAAUGCUAUCCGCUUUGGCCGAAUGCCCCAGUCAGAGAAGCUGAAGCUGAAGGCUGAGAUAUUAACAGGCGAGAAAGAGGUGGAGGAUCCUCGGCUGGCCGACCAGAAGACUUUAGCCAAGCAGAUCUACGAGGCUUACCUGAAGAACUUCAGCAUGAACAAAUCCAAAGCACGGACCAUCCUAACGGGCAAGACAAACACACCUCCUUUUGUCGUCCAUGACAUGGAAACUCUGCAGCUGGCUGAGCAGACUCUGGUGGCUAAGAUGGUUGGUACUUCAGGAGGGCUGCUCAAUAAGGAUGCAGAAGUUCGCAUCUUCCACUGCUGCCAGUGCACAUCUGUGGAGACAGUCACUGAGCUCACAGAGUUUGCCAAGUCCGUGCCAGGCUUCUGCACUCUGGACCUGAAUGACCAGGUCACGCUGCUGAAGUACGGUGUGUAUGAGGCACUGUUUGCCAUGCUGGCCUCCUGCAUGAAUAAAGACGGGUUGCUGGUUGCCUAUGGCAGCGGCUUUAUCACAAGGGAGUUCCUGAAGAGCCUGCGACGGCCGUUCAGUGAAAUGAUGGAGCCUAAGUUCCAGUUCGCCAUGAAAUUUAAUGCUCUGGAACUGGACGAUAGUGACCUGGCUCUGUUUGUGGCUGCUAUCAUCUGCUGUGGAGAUCGACCGGGUCUGGUGAACGUCCCUCACAUUGAACGAAUGCAGGAGAGGAUCGUCCAUGUGCUGUAUCUGCACCUUCAGAACAACCACCCAGACAAUGCCUUUCUCUUCCCCAAACUGCUACAGAAACUAGCGGACCUGCGGCAGCUGGUCACGGAACAUGCGCAGCUAGUGCAGGAGAUCAAGAAGACUGAGGACACUUCACUGCAUCCCCUACUGCAGGAGAUCUAUAGAGACAUGUACUAAAGGAUACUCCUGCGGCUAACCACUAAGUACUUGGCCCUCCCGAGGGACAUGCUGAGCAAGGAUCGAGUUCAGCCCUUUUCCAGAUGAUUGAGGGCUUUUUCGGGAACGCACAGGCACCGUUUGUUCCUCCAACAAAAGUAUGGACAAGCUCUCAGGGGCCUCCUGAACGUGUCCCUGAUGAAGGCACACUGUGCCCUGUCUGAAGGGUUGCUAAUAAACCGUUACAGUUAGGAGACAGUGGUGUCCAGGACAAGACACAAGUCAGCUGGCUGUACAGAAAAGAUUGUUUUUCGAGGUUUCGAAUGUUCAGGUCUUAGAGGGAUUUCGCUUUGGAAAGAGUCAGAUUUGGGACAGCAGACCACUGUGUCGCUGUGCUUUUAAGAACUUGUGGUUUAUGAUCUUUUCUAACAUGCACUUUGACCUGCAUGGACAUCAUUGUGAGCCAGAGACUAUGAAAACAGGCCUGGAAGUCGGAACUCUAUACAGCAAUAUGUCUUUUAAAUGGAAAUAAGGUUGUAUUCGGGUAACACAGAGUUUUUGUAGUCUUUGUGAUCUGUGUACAGAAAAACACACACACAACUACAUAAUCAUGAAUUGUGGUGCAUCAAGUCUAGACUGAUUACUUAAAUGCAUUCAGAGAAAGUAUCUGAUAGAUGAACUCCAGAACACCCAAGUGACUUCAGAGUAGACCUAUGGUUAGUACUAGGGCUGUAACAGUACACAAAAGAUACGGAUCAGUCCACAACGCAGUUUGGACCUCCAGGUUCAAUACAAGUACAGCACUGAAGAAGAAAACAUAAGGGCGUUUUCACACCUGUAGUUCGUUUCUCUGGUCCAAAACAGUUGAUGAGUUUGUUUACUUGGAGCUUUUUACCCACUCGGUUUGGUUUGUUUUCACACAAGCACAAACCUAAAAGCACCAGAAUGCGAACUGUCUGAUGCAGGAGCAAGGAAGUAAAUAUAGCAAGAAGGUUCUGAAAAACACUGAAAAAAAAAAAAAAAAGGCAUCCACACAGUUGUUGCAGAAAGCAGAGUUAAGUGGGCGUGAGCACUGCACAUACAACAUUCAGUGUAAAAAACAGUUUAGCAUGAAGCAGCAGCAGUGCCAGUGUUUGUUCACAGCUAUGGUAAUUAUCUGGGUAAUUAAUCAGGUUAAACAGCAUCUGAACAGCAGUUUAGCUCAAAUAUGAGGAGACUAAACGUGCACUUGAUUCAGAUCAACACUAGGGGAACUCGGCUCAUGUAGGUGAUGACAGGAGGACAUAGUAAAGUUAUGUGCAUUGGUUAAGACUAUGGUUCAGACUUUAAGGUGUGAAAUGCCCUUUUGUUUGUUACAGUUUGUUCCAUCUAGUGCGAUUAGUGUGUCGUUAAUCAUGCUGUAAAUUGUAAACGUUAGGAUGAUCCGUGUCAAAAAACUACAGUUACUAUAACAAUACCCCUAAGCCUCUACAGUUCCCACAAUACCAUAUAGUUUCAGGGUGGCACACAUACUUAUGAAACCACUGCAUUUACACAGUAUUUAAUAUUUCGGUAUUCAGUACACGGUACUGUAUACACGUGACCUCUAUACUAUGAGGGUUCAUUAUAAAUACAUGUACUGUUACACCCCUAGUAAGUACUGCAGUGGACUCUUUUAAAGAAUUGACAGGGAUAUUAUAAUGAUGUGUUUUCUAAACAGUGCUUCCAAUGUAUUCCUCACGUUUUAUAAAAUGCACCUGCUUGUUUAGCAUUUACCGUAGGUCUUGUGCCACACGCAACAGCCAAACAAAUGUGUUUGUGGAUUAUCACUUGGGAGUUGUAAAAAAAAACAGACCUGUUGGAGAAAGAGUGCUGAGUUAGGGUCAGUUAUUGCUUCUCUUUCAGUUAUGGCUGUUCUUACGUCCCGUUAGUUUGCUCAGGUCCAAACAGAAUAAGUUUGCUAGAUGUCAGUGCAUCAGUGGCAGGCGGACAUUGAUCGUGGCGUAAAUAGUGAAGUUAAAACACUCCUUUUUGUAAGCAAAACUUGCUGCAAAAAAAAAAAAAAUUAAAAACAAUGUCUUUGCUUCAGAAAUUGCAGUUUGCUGUCCCGUUUUUAGCCAAACCGGCUUCAUUCUUAAAUGAAAUAGAUUAGUGUGCCCACAGUUUAGAUACAAUAAUGCUUAUCCAAGUCUGACUAGUGAAGUGGACUUGCAUCUAUGCAAGCACAAAAUGCUUUCCCCCAAAUCGAAUAGUGACGCAUAUUCCGUCUCUACCAUUACCUUUACACAAAGCAUGUCUAAAAUGUGUCAGAUUGUGACCAUGCAGAGGCAAGAAGGCAAUUUUUACUAAUGCAUUAUGGGGCAGUUUCCCAGAAAAAAAUUAAGCCUAGUCUUGGACCACAGAGCAGUUUGAGAUUUUUAAUUAAAAGAAAAAUAUAUUCUCUGAUUAGGCUUAAUCCUUAAGAAUCCAGACACUCUGUAUAACUUGUAUGAAUCAUGGAUGCAGGAGUUUGACUGUAUAAUUUGUAUAACUUCUCUGUCUCUAUUAGGGGUGGGACAAAAUAUUGAUACUGCGAUAUAUUGUAUCUGUUUAAUUUGCAAUACGAUACUUGGCGUCGAAUAUUAAGAUAUUUAUUGAAACAUCGGCUCUCUAAAGUCCCUAACACUCUCCCCCAAUUUGACUUACUAAAGUUACUGCUUCAUUACUCCACAUGGUGGCGCUUAUCAAAUAAAUAUGGUAAAGCUGCGGUGAAGAAUACUGGUGUGAAACUGGCACCAAUAAAUCCAUGAUUCCUGUAUUUUAGGAUUAUUUCAUCCUCUUCAGUGAAUUAUCUAAAGAAUUGUCUUGCGAUAUAUAUUAAGUAUCGCAGAAUCACAGUAUCGUGAUAUCGAUAUCGUGGGCAACAUAUCACAAUAAUAUCAUAAUAAUGAUAUUAUAAUAAUUAUAAUAAUGUGGAGCAGCCAAGCAUGAUUUAGAGUAGUGUUUCUCAUCAUGGGUUCUUAAGGCCAACUGCCCUGCUCAUUUUAGUGCAUUUCUUGUUCAAACACAUCCACCUUGACUCAAUAAUAAUUAGCUAAUUAUCUAAUUAGUUGGAUCAGGUGUGUUGGAAAAAGAAAAUAGACCAGACAAGUUCUGAUAUGAACACUUUCUGUGGUAGAUAUGCUAUGGAGCAUAAACUCAACUAGCACUGAACUGUGGAGCAGUGGAACUGUGACCAUUUAAUAGUUUUUUAAACAAUGCUCUUGUGACUGAAAGCAAUCAAAUCCUUACAGCACUGUUUUGACAUCUAGUGCAUUGCCAGAAGAGCAGAAUCAAAGGGGGCAGAUGAAUUAACUUUGGAUGCCUUGAAUAAGUUGCAGGACGUGCAAUGUCAUGUGCAACUUAAAUAUUUUUUUUUGCUGUUUGAUAGGGAGGGAAAUUCAGAUUUAGAUAUCUAUCAUUCCAUAGCAUAUCUACCAAAGGCAGAUUUUACUGCUGUAUAAUAUUUAUUUUAUUCCAGUAUUGGAUACAUGGAAAACUUUGUUAAUAUCAGGACCAUUAAAUUGUGGAGAAAUAUGUCAAAAAUUCCUGCGUUUCUAGGAUCACACUAAAUAUCUCAGACAAACGAAAUAUCGCAAUGUCAUUAUUGGUCAUUUUCACUCUCUGAAUUCCCCUUUCUCGCUUCUGCUGGAUCACACCUUCACAGGGCUCUCUCUCUCUCAGACUAUGCCGUCUUUACAAAAAUUACAAAAGCUGACCUUGUCUUUGGAUGAAACACAAACACACAAACAUCCUCACGCAGUACAGCCUAGAAACCCUUAAGUGUUGCACAGAGGGUACUUAGUCAGUCAGUUUUUAGGCACCACAUGCUUUUAAAGGCAAACCCAAGAGUUUGAUUCAGUGAAAAUUGAUUAAAGAGAGAAAGAGAAACACCCAUCAGUUACGCAUAUGAAAAUAAAAACAUCAUCAGCAUGUUGCACAGAGCACAGUAGAUUUCUAAUGGCAAUAAUAGUUCUUUACUGAAGUGAAGUGUGGGUGAAAUUCUAAUAAUAGGAUUAGGAUUAGGGGGUUUUCUUCAAUGUCAGUCUGUCUCAGAAACCACGGUGCCUCUUCUUGCCUGCAUUAUUAUAACAGGUCAGGAAAAUGUGGGGAAAGUUGAAAUUCCAUACAUUUAAUGCCAUAAAUCAAUCAAAACUUAAUGCAGUAAAAUAUGCUAUUUUUGUGAAGGCGGGUUUAAGGUUUAUUAAGCUUCUGGGUGUUGAGGCCUGGUGCAGACUCCUGGAUUUAUAUGGGUUUGGGACAUUAAUUGCAGCAUUUUUUUUAAUAGACAUUUGUACAGUUGUUACUUUAAACAAUAUAUAAUUAAGGGAGUAUUCAUCUUAGGCUAGCAGGUUCAACUGUGCAUCUCUCAAAGCUCUAUCAGAAGCCCUGUAAUUAACAUUAAGUGUUAGCCACAAUUUAUUGAACUGCUUAUGCAAUUGUACCCAUAACUGCAUUUAAACAUGUUUUGUAUAGUUAAUGCAUACAAAUGAAAUGUCUGCUGACAUGCGGAGAUGCCCCAUUGCACUUUUCAUUUUAGUUUAAACGCAUUUCCAGCUGCACAUUGUGUCAAAUGUACAGUAUGUAUUCAUGUCAGUGUGUGUGAAGCCUCACAGAUUGUUCAGAACACAGCAGUUAUGGACCUUAAUCAUGUGGUGUAUACUGUAUAUAUACAGAAGCUCCUGAUAAUGCUAACUAUGUUCUUGUCUGUGUAAAAUCUGUGUUGAAAUUUGUGGGAAUUGCAUUAAGAGUCAUUCCAUGUCAAAUGCAGUGAAAAAACUUGGAUACUGGAGGGAUACAGUAGGAUACUAGUAGUUUUUCAUUUGAAACAGAUGGAAAGAAAAGACAUCAACUUUCUGAAUCAGUUUCUGAUUUUGCUAUUUAUAUGUAUAUGUAUUUGCAGAAAAUGAGAAAUGGCUUAAAUAACAAAAAAGAUGCAGAUCUUUAAGACCUCAAAUAAUGCAAAGAAAAAAGUUCACAUUCAUAAAGUUUUAAGAGUUCAGAAAUCAAUAUUUGGUGGAAUAACCCUGGUUUUUAAUCACAGUUUUCAUGCAUUUUGGCAUGUUCUUCUCCACCAGUCUUACACACUGAUUUUGGAUAACUUUAUGCCACUCCUGGUUCAACAAUUCAAGCAGUUCAGCUUGGUUUGAUGGCUUGUGAUCAUCCAUCUUCCUCUUGAUUAUAUUCCAGAGGUUUUCAAUUUGGUAAAAUCAAAGAAACUCAUCAUUUUAAGUGUUCUUGCAGAGCUGUAUAUAUUUUGUGGAGUGUCAUCAUUUACCUAUCAUUUAAUGCUUAGUAAUUUUUAAGAAAUGCCUUAGAUUUGGCCCAAACAAGGGAUGUACCAAACAUUUUGCCAACAAAAUUAUUCUAGUAAAAAAGUUUAGGCUUCUUAAUUUCAAGUUUCAUCUUGUUGCAGACUAUGUGAUGAAGACAGCACAACUAAAACCAGCUUUAAUCCAAGUCAAAAUACCUCCAAUAUUUACAGCAGCUGAUUUUUGCUACUUUGACAUGGCAUGACCCGAAAGCAUGGCUCAGUCAUUUGUAUGGUUUAUAAUUUGUGUCAUAUUGUCUAAAGUUGCAUUGAAUACACUAACUACUCACAAAUGUCUCUGAAACUGUAGGAUGAAAAGUAAAACUGCAUUAACAUUUCCACACAAACAAACAAAAAUACAGGCAGAAAAGCCAAAACAA